GAGGUGAAGCGGUGUUUUUCCGCACAAGAGCGACGAAGCUAUCGGCAGUCCGCCAGGAUAAGGAUCGCGGCUGCCAAAUUGUUUACUAUAGAGGCUGAUUGCGAUUGAUCCCCAUCGUAUAAGCCCACAUCUUUUUGUUGAAGAAUUGCGACCUUCCGAUAUCUUCAUUCGAUCCUUGAACCCCUCCUAAAAUGCGCGCCCUCAUCCGAACUGGCGACAAGUCUCCCGAAACCCUCACGCUGGAUCCAAAUCACCCCGAGCCCACACCCAACGACCACCCAGAAUGCUACAUCAUCCGGACCAAAGCGUGCGCCCUGACCCGUGAAGAGCUCACAUGGGCCGAGCCAAAAGGUCCCGACGCUCCAGUUCCUGGUUUAGAUCUCGCAGGUGAAAUCAUCUCCGCCCCGCAAAGCCAAGGCGAACACAAGUUCAAGCCAGGAGAUGAGGUCUAUGCGCUCACGACAUUUACCUGGAAGGGCAACGCUCGAGACAUAACUGUUGCUCACGAGACCGAGCUCGCGUUGAAACCGGAGGGUCUUGGCUGGGAGGAGACGGCGAGCGUGCCGUUGAGCGCAUUAAGUGCGUACCAAGGCCUAUUCGUACACGGUGCGCUGAAGCCACCGAAAGAAGGAAAGAACACAGGGAAGCGUGUUCUGAUCACAGCGGCGUCCGGUGGCGUUGGGCUCUGGGGGGUUCAACUUGCGCACCAGGCAGGCGCAGACGUUGUUGGUACAUGUGGAACAUCCAACGUCGACUUCGUGAAGAGCCUGGGAGUGGAUACUGUCCUAGACUACAGAAAGGUGGAUCUACUUGAGUGGGUCAGCGUGGACCGGGCGGCCCGUGGAUUCGAUGUUGUUCUCGACUGCAUCGGUGGAGUAACUUUAACAGACGCUUGGAAGUGUGCAAGAGAGGGAGCGAAGGUUGUCAGUGUCGCGGAGCCACCAAAUCCGAAGAGACCAGAAGAUGGAGUGGCCGAAGGAGUGCUGGGCGUCUGGUUCAUCGUAGAGCCCAAUGGAGCUCAGUUGGCAGAGGUGACGGACCUGCUAGAGCAAAAGAAGUGCCAAGCGGUUGUGGAUAGUGUCUAUGAGCUUGCUCAAUUCGAAGAGGCUUUCAAGAAGCUUGAAGAAGGUCACGCGAAGGGCAAGAUAAUCUUGAAAGUCGGCGCGUAAAUUGUCUACCACACAUGCGCAUGAGCGCAACAUUAUUUGUUGAAUAAGCAUCUUGGAUCAUUGUGCGCGGGAACCUAUGUACAUUGGGAUCUUAGGUGUGG